UCGAUGACCUCCUGCAAAAACAUGAUAUGGAAAAUUUUCUCGUUGGUAUCGAUUACCAUUGUAAUUUGCUUUUGUUUUUCUCAACUCGACUGGAACUUAAGCUACCAUAAAACACAAUUCAAAUUUGUAUACCCGUUCCCAGAAAAUAAGGCGGAAAAUGUCUCGACGCGAAACACAGCUACUCAUGUUUUGUUGAUCACCUACUUACGAUCCGGAAGCACGUUUACUGGUGAAGUAUUAGAGCAUUUAUCUGAAAGUACCUUCUACGACUAUGAGCCACUUCAUCACAUGACUCUGAGCACGAGGCUAUAUGGAAAACGUGCAUUAGAUGCAAUAGAUCACCUUCUGAAUCUGUUUAGGUGUAAUUAUGUUGAUGAGACGUACUUAAAGUACGUGCAGAAAAAAGAAAAUUCGUACAUGUUGAAAAAUAAUAGGUUUCUGUGGAAACAUUGUAAAAAACAGAAAAACUGUUCGAAGUCGGAAGUCAUGUCAUCUGUAUGUAAUAAGGCAAAGGUACACGUAAUGAAAGUUCUUCGUUUACCUUUGUCUUACGUUCAAAAUUUGUUGGUACAGGCCACAGAUCUGGAUAUCCGAGUGGUAUAUCUUGUACGAGAUCCUCGUGGAAUCUAUGGCUCAAGGAAAACACGCAGUUGGUGUCGACCUACGAACUGCUCUAACAUUACUGUGCUAUGUGACGAGAUCUGGGACGACCUUGUCAGCUUUUACCGACUGCAAGAAGCAUUUCCUGGAAAAUUCCUUUUUCUGCGUUUUGAAGAUAUGGCAUUGAAACCCUUGGACGAAAUUAAGAAACUGCUGAAAAAUCUGGGUUUCCAAAUUUCGAAAGCUCUGAACAAAUAUUUAGAGAGACACACGUCUUCCAAAAACAAAAUUUCCCAAAGUGCUUUUUCCACGGUUAGAAAUUCAUCCAGUAUUCCAUCAAAGUGGCGUUCAACUCUAACUGUUUCGGAAAAGAAAAACAUUAAAAAAAAAUGCAGUAGAGUUUUGAAUAAACUUGGACAGCCCUAAUAUACAUUCUGAGAUCCUAUAAUGAUUUUGUUUUCGUUUUUUGAAGAUCUGGUUGCUAACAGAAGUGAGAGAGAAAACAAGAACCGAAGAAAAUGUCGGUGUCGUUCUUUUUGGUUUUUCUUUCAUUCUCAAAUAAGGUUUAAUGGCUUGUUGCCAGGGUAAAAUAAUUUAUAAAUAUCUUGCUGUACUAUUUUACAUAUUUUAUUUUAUCGAUUUUGUAAAACACAUAAUGUUUAAUGGGGGGUAUUUAACAGGAAAAUAUUUCAAUGUACGGCACCUAGUAAGAUGGAAUGUCUUUAUUUCAACAACACGAGCCCCAGAAUCCUGAACAAGUGUUACAAUCUGAAUUAUAUCACUUUCAAUAGGUAUGGGAAUGCUACAACCUUUUUGCGCUUUCUGAGGGUAAAGAAAUGUGUUCAAAGUUUUACUUGCCUGAUUUAAUAUAUUUUCACUCCCAAAAUAAGCACAACUGGAUUAUCAUUUUAGUCACUUUGGGUUGAAUAAAUCUAUGUUCUACGCAAUACAUUCUUUAUGAAUAUUAUAAGAGCGCUGAUAGGCCCUGUGGUAAAGCUCUGGAUUUCGGAGAUUGCGAGCUAGGCUAAAGUUCGCACAAUUUACAAAGUAUUUCUGUACUUUAAGCUAUGGCUGCGUUAUAAGUGUUACAAUCAUUCCUUUUUUUGUACGAUGAGUGCUGCUGGUUUGAAGCGUUCCCUCUGGUCAGUAGUUCAAAGUUAAGAAAAAAUAUAUCCAUUAGAUAUUUUUAUGUUCCGCCGGCUUAAAAAUUCAACAAACAGCAGAUCGACUAAAUCCAGAAUACGCGUUUAAUUAGUAGUACGUUUAGUAAAACAAGCUCAAAAGGCUUCUAAUCUGGUUUUAUUGAAAAGUACGUAAAAUACCAUAUAAACCAAAAUUUAUAUUUUUUUGAUGAAAUUCUUA